AUUCAGUGCAGAAAGUGUUGUUGCUGAGCAACAGCAAUAAACAAACAUUUAGUAAUAACUUUUUAAAAAAAACAUGGAACGAUAUAAAAUUAUUGAAGAACUUUCAUCUUGUCAUUUCUCUUCCACGUUUUUGGUAACCGAGAAAGGAGACUAUGCAAACAAGAAACUGAUUUUGAAAAAGAUUGAAUGUAAAGAUGAAAGCCAUGCAAACAGAGCCUACUACGAGCUACUUCAACAGAAACUCCACCAAGAGACCAUCGAAGAGAAAGUGGCCACCAAAUCCUUUUUUAUUAUGUGGGAUAAAUCUAUUUGCUCGCAGGAAGCUGUUCAGGAAGCUUCCGUCUUCAUCUGUAUCAUCCGCAACCAUUUUGAGUUCUCGCUGGCUUUUGUAGCAGACAGUUUCUACACGAUAAAGAAACCUAUGAAGGAAGAGACCAUAAUCCAUUACCUCAGUGAAAUAGUUGAAGUGUUGGAACCGUUCCAUAAUGAAAAUAUUGCCCACAGAAGCCUUCAGUUAUCAAAUAUUUUCAAGUAUGGCGCUGAAAACCAAUUGCUUCUUGUGGACUUUGGUAUAUCCAGUUUUUUGACCGACAGGAAAAAAUUUUCCACAUUGAAGGAUGGAGAUUUGGUUUGGUUGGCCCCUGAACUAAGGUUCGAACAGAAGGACAAAGCAGAUGUAUGUUGGCUCAAAGUCGAUGUCUGGUGUCUUGGUUCAAUUCUCAUGUCCUUCCUACUCACCAGCUUCAUGAACACCUUAAAGGACAUGAAAGCCCUUGUAUUGAAAACCAAGAUUGACGAGUGUCUCCUCAACUAUUUCUGGGAAAAAUUAGAACAGAUGUAUUCAGAAAAAUUGCUUUUAUUGGCCAAAAGGAUGCUGAGUCAAUACACUGAAGAGAGACCGACUCUCACGGAACUGAAGGAAUGUCUCUCCAAGAUGUGCCAGACAGAGGAACCUGUCAUGCGAUACCUGAGUGAAGAAAUUGAACCAAUUGAAAAUGUGAACAGCUUCUCUGACUUGUUGGGUUACAUGUCAAAGUACUCAGUACACAGCUCAUGUGUCAUUGAAGGCCUCAUCAAAUUGAACAAACUCUUAGUUAAAACACCUGAUAUCGACCCCCCAGUCGACGCUCAAUCGUUUAUAUGGAUACUGCUGUGUGAAAACCUGGACAAUGCUGAACUUCUCACGGAAGGCCUUCACGUCAUAGAGAAAUUCACAUCCAUCUCCAACGACCAUUUGCAGAAUAUCUUCUCGGAAUCAACAAUCGAUUCUAUUUUAACAAUCAUGGAAUGCCAACUCAAAGAAACCGUCUUCCUCACCGUCAUUUACAGCUUCCUCGUGAUUAUUUUGACAUCAGAAAGCGCCACCAAUUAUUUCAACACCAAAGGAGGAAUGUCAACAUUAUUGAACAGAUUGCCGAAAGACCUCACAGAUGAUACAACAGUUUCCGCUGCAGCAAUGACACUAAGUAACCUCAUUGUCAACCCCUCAAAUGCUAAAGCUGCCCUCGAAUAUGGCAUCAUUAAAGUUCUUUAUGAAAAUCUUCAGUUUCACUUCAAUUACCAAGGAGCCGUAGCAGAACUUUUGGCUGUGUUUAUACCACUGGCAACUAAUGAAUCUGCAAUAUUCCAGUUAAACCAAUGCCAAUUACUCACGUUAUUUGUGAACAUAAUGAACACCUAUUGCUCUAACGAUGCCAUCGUUAUGAACUGCUGCAUCAUUCUGCGUGACGUCCUCAACAGUAUCAGUAUUUAUGAUGAUGGAAUAUUAGAAUUAACCGAGACGAGUGCCGUAUCAGCAAUGAUUAGUGUGUUAUACUCGAAUACUGAGUCGAGUGAUGUGAUUAUUGAAUGUUGCACAACUUUAGCAGCUCUUUGUAACAUGAGCAAAGAUUGUACCUAUAUGUUUCUUAGUGAGAAAUUAGAAGAUCAAGGUAAAUCCGUUUUUGGACUACAACUUCUCAUGAAUAUUUACGACAUACAUAAAGAUUCGUCUACAACUGUUAUUGCAGCCAUCUUCAGCUUGUUGCAUGCUUUCUCCAUAUAUGAUGAAGCUUGUAAAGAUCUGAUAAGUUACGAAUACGAACCGAUGCUGAAAUAUUGUACAACACACUUCAAUUACAAUGAGAGAAUUUCAUUUUAUGGACAGCAAAUACUGAAAAGAUUGAACAAAAUUGAAGAUAUUUUGAAAUAAAAUUAAUAAUUAUUUCCGAUGAAAAUAUUAUUGAAAAAGAUUUUUAUGAAUUAUAAAUCGUGUAACUCAAAUAAAAUCGAUUAUCGAUGUCCUUACUUUCUAAAAUAAAGCAGGAGAUAAUUUCUUAA